CCCUAAACUCGUUGAGCGUGGCUGGAAAUCCAAGAGCUUCUAGGUGCUGGUUCAAUGCCUGGCUCAUGAUUUAUUUCAUUCUCUCCCUCCAUCUUGCAAUAGGUUACUUUUAAUCAUUUAGAUCUAUGGCACUAUGUUAAACAUUAUAGGAGACAAAAAGAGCGUGAACAAACAUAAAAAGAACCAAACGAAAAGAGCCACGUCCAGGAUUCUCGUUCAGAUCAGCAAGUCAUUGGGAUCGAGCUCCCAGGGUAGCUACUACAUCUGUUCUGUCCUCCAGAUAACCCUAGCACCUAGCACGGUGACUGGCACAAAGUAGAUCUUCAAUGAAAGAACGAAACGAGCCGUUAUGUUUACACAAAUGUAUUUCACUCAGUCCUCUGGAAGAGAUGCCUAGUGUGAAAGAGAUUCCAAGAGUAAAUACCAUAAACAGCACCGAGCCCAAAUCCCACAGCAAACAUCCUUAUUAAACACAAGGAACGUGGGGCGAGUUCCUUUUCUCAGAAGAUUUUAAAAGAACGCAACUGUUUCGAAGAAGGAACAGACAUUCGAGGUUCUGAGUCCGAUGGGAACUCAUUUAACUUUUUAUUUUACAGCAGAUUUCAAAGUCUGCACCCAGCCCCUCCCAGGACACAGGUCUCCUUGCAGCUGCCUUUAACCUAAGCGUAUCCUCUCUCUACUUUAAACCAAACGCCGCUGCAUGGAGCCCUGGGAGCCUGAGCCAUGAGAAUCCUGUAAAGAGGGAGUAUAAUGUCUCAGGAAGGCAAUUAUGGGAGGUGGACCAUAUCUAGUAGUGAUGAAAGUGAGGAAGAAAAGCCAAAACCAGACAAGCCGUCUACCUCUUCUCUUCCCUGUGCCAGGCAAGGAGCAGCAAAUGAGCCCAGGUACACCUGUUCUGAGGCCCGGAAAGCCGCACACAAGAGGAAAAUAUCACCUGUGAAAUUCAGCAAUACAGAUUCAGUUUUACCUCCUAAAAGGCAGAAAAGCGGUUCCCAGGAGGACCUCGGCUGGUGUCUGUCCAGCAGUGAUGAUGAGCUGCAGCCAGAAAUGCCGCAGAAGCAGGCUGAGAAAGUGGUGAUCAAAAAGGAGAAAGACAUCUCUGCUCCCAAUGACGGCGCUGCCCAAAGAACUGAAAAUCAUGGCCCUCCCGCCUGCCACAGGCUCAAAGAGGAGGAAGACGAGUAUGAGACGUCAGGGGAGGGCCAGGACAUUUGGGACAUGCUGGAUAAAGGGAACCCCUUCCAGUUUUACCUCACUAGAGUCUCUGGAGUUAAGCCAAAGUAUAACUCCGGAGCCCUCCACAUCAAGGAUAUUUUAUCUCCUUUAUUUGGGACGCUUGUUUCUUCAGCUCAGUUUAACUACUGCUUUGACGUGGACUGGCUCGUAAAACAGUAUCCACCAGAGUUCAGGAAGACGCCAAUCCUGCUUGUGCAUGGUGAUAAGCGAGAGGCUAAGGCUCACCUCCAUGCCCAGGCCAAGCCUUAUGAGAACAUCUCUCUCUGCCAGGCAAAGUUGGAUAUUGCGUUUGGAACACACCACACGAAAAUGAUGCUGCUGCUCUAUGAAGAAGGCCUCCGGGUUGUCAUACACACCUCCAACCUCAUCCAUGCUGACUGGCACCAGAAAACUCAAGGAAUAUGGUUGAGCCCCUUAUACCCACGAAUUGUUGAUGGAACCCCCAAAUCUGGAGAGUCGCCAACACAUUUUAAAGCUGAUCUCAUCAGUUACUUGAUGGCCUAUAAUGCCCCUUCUCUCAAGGAGUGGAUAGACAUCAUCCACAAGCACGAUCUCUCUGAAACGAAUGUUUAUCUUAUUGGUUCAACCCCAGGACGCUUUCAAGGAAGUCAAAAAGAUAAUUGGGGACAUUUUAGACUUAAGAAGCUUCUGAAAGACCAUGCCUCAUCCAUGCCUGACGCAGAGUCCUGGCCUGUCGUGGGUCAGUUUUCAAGCAUUGGCUCCUUGGGAGGUGAUGAAUCAAAGUGGUUAUGUUCUGAAUUUAAAGAGAGCAUGCUGACACUGGGGAAGGAAAGCAAGACUCCAGGAAAAAGCUCCGUUCCUCUUUACUUGAUCUAUCCUUCUGUGGAAAAUGUGCGGACCAGUUUAGAAGGAUAUCCUGCUGGGGGCUCUCUUCCCUAUAGCAUCCAGACAGCUGAAAAACAGAAUUGGCUGCAUUCCUAUUUUCACAAAUGGUCAGCUGAGACUUCUGGCCGCAGCAAUGCCAUGCCACAUAUUAAGACAUAUAUGAGGCCUUCUCCAGACUUCAGUAAAAUUGCUUGGUUCCUUGUCACAAGCGCGAAUCUGUCCAAGGCUGCCUGGGGAGCAUUGGAGAAGAAUGGCACCCAGCUGAUGAUCCGCUCCUACGAGCUUGGGGUCCUUUUCCUCCCUUCAGCAUUUGGUCUAGACAGUUUCAAAGUGAAACAGAAGUUCUUCGCUGGCAGCCAGGAGCCAAUGGCCACCUUUCCUGUGCCAUAUGAUUUGCCUCCAGAACUGUAUGGAAGUAAAGAUCGGCCAUGGAUAUGGAACAUUCCUUAUGUCAAAGCACCGGAUACGCAUGGGAACAUGUGGGUGCCCUCCUGAGAAUCUUGAGGCACUGUGAAAUUUAAGUGUAAGACAUUGAGCCACAAACAUGGAAUCUCUUCUUUGUACUGGAUGUUCACUUCCCUUAAAGUCUUAUUUGCACCCUUACAAAAUCUUUGCAAAGGUCACUGUUAUGAAUGGAUGUUGGUUAUACUUUUAAUGGACAUUAAUAUUCCCAAUAAAAAAAGUAUUAUUUUCUUAA